AUGAACCCAGGUCCUUUUGGAAUGUCACAAACUGGAGUACCUUUUGGUGAGGUGAGCUCUGUGAGAGAUUGGUUGGGCAUAGAAGGACCAGUGGGCAGACCUCCCAUAGAAAUAGACACAAGGCCCAUAAGAGGCUUUGAUUGCACAAGAACAGAGAUAAGCGGAAAAAGGUUUUGGGGCUUGCUUAAAGACGUAUGCGGUAUCCCGGAAAAAUUUUUCGAAACCAGCUUCGUUUAUAACUACUUGAAUCAGCAGUGGAUGAAGAGCAACGGUUGCAAUCUCACCCCUGGAGAUUUCAAAAAGUCCGAAAUGAAAGCUCUUUACGACAUCUGCGAUCCCACCUUCGUGAGGGUUCUAGAGCUUUACCAAGUUCAGACGGUUGUCGCGAUUGGGAAGUUCUGCGAGGACAGAGCGCGUAAGGCGAUCGAGGAGUAUUUACCUGCCAAAUCGAAGAGCAUUAAGGUGCUGUACCUGCCGCACCCAAGUCCGCGCACCGUCAACAACAACGACUGGGACAAGAAGGCGAUUGAGUACCUGAGCAAU